AUGGAGAACCGCCCUACCACUUCCCGGCCUGCGUCGUCUUCAGAGACCGAGACUCGCUCCAACAGUCCACCAAGGUCCCGCUCCAGCAUGAAUAAACUCGAGCCACCACCUCCUACUCCCGCCUAUGAUGCGUCCGCGCUGUUGAUCCAGCCGUCGCCGCUCCUUACCUCGUCCUUGCAUUCCCGGAACUCAGCAACUUCGGCUCAGGAGUCUGCGUAUCUACGACGAGCGAAAUGGCUUCGAUGGACCCGAGCUGUGCUGGCGAUUUUGAGCACGGCCACGGCCACUGCCGCUGUGGGCUGUGAGGGGCAUGUCUUGCACAGAUAUAACAGCACGCACAUGGGUUCAAAAUGGCAUUUGCCCCCGCUGUGGCCGACAGACGUCGACGUGAGGCCGACUUUGGCCAUUUUGAUUUCGGCCACCCUCAUCCUUCUCCUCAGUUUGAGCUAUUUGAUCGUGUCACUCAUUCCAACGCCGUACUCCCGCACACUUUUAUACAAUGUCCUCUUCUUUGCGUCUUCCCUGGCAGGCGUCAUCUUAUCCAUUUUCGCCAUCCCUUUCAAUAGCCUCCUCACCAACCCCACAUCUCAUCAUCACCGAGAUUCGAUCCAGUCAUGGACAUGCAAAUUCUCUCAUAGCGCCUCGCAAUUCAUGACCGAUGCCCAUUCGCUACAAAUCCCAGUCUACGUAACCAACGGCAUCCCGAUCCCCGCGGGAUUCAAGAGGCUGUGCAUGGAGAGCGAGGUGAGCCAGGGGCUGAUUGCAGGGUUGCUGGCCCUCGAGGCGGUGAGUAUGGGCGUGGCCGUUGUGGGCAUACUAUUGGAGAGAAGCAUGACAAACAGGAGAAUGCAGAGGUAUGCUGAGCAGAACGAGAGGCAGGCGGCAUAUUCGGACAAGCGAUAG